AUGAUGCUUUUUGGAUUUUGUUUCAGAUGUAAAUUCAUGAACUUUUCUAGAAAUACCAGAUGCCUGAAAUGCAAAGCGAAUGGGCCUGAGAGGGUUUCUGUAGGUGAUGUUGAAAUGAAGAAAGGAGAUUGGAACUGCCCAAAGUGUGAGUUUAUGAAUUUUGCAAGCAACACCAAGUGUUUGCGUUGCCGUGGGCCACGUCCCAAGAGAGAGCUGGUUCCCGGAGAUUGGGAGUGCCCCAAAUGUGAUUUUGUGAAUUACAGAAGGAACAUGGUCUGCCGGAAGUGCGAUUGUGAGCGUCCUAAAGUGGCCGCGGCACAGUAUGAAGAUCAGUUAUGGAGGAAGCCCAGAUAGGUAGCCAAGCUUCUUUUGAAAAGCGGCAAUACUGAUUCAUGCACGGAGAGAAGUUGAUGAUGAGAACUUUUUCAAGAUAAAAUUCCCUACAAUUGACUUGUGCAUUUAGAUUUGGUUGGUAUUCUGCAGUCACAGACAAGAUAAUCAAGGUGGGAUAUGCUUUCCUCUCUAAUUUUGUUGAUUUAGAUGAACUUUUUUGGGCAUUGUUGGCUGUGUAAUUUGGCAUUUGCCACUGGUUUGGUCCUCUUAUGUUUGUG